AUGGCAAAGAUCCUUCUCAUAAUAAUGCUUGUAUCUAUAGUUAUAUUUUUCACGUCUCGUCCAACUUACUCCCAAGAAAUUGAUUAUUCCCAACAAGAACCAGAAAUUGUCAACAUAUCACCUCCUACCGAUGCUUCCGACAAUUCACCAGUUGUUAAAUAUGAGAGGGCGCUUAUGCAGCAUUACUCGCACAAAAGGCUCAAAUUUCUUCAUGUUUGUGUUGAUAAGAUGAACUCGCAUUGUGGAGAUAUAAUUUUCAAAAGCAUGUUGGAUGAGAAGAAUAAGAUAAUAUUGACGAAUGAAUGUUGUCUUCAUCUAUUAAAUAUUGGAAAAAAAUGUCAUCUAGGUCUAGCUCAGAUAUUUCUAUCAAUUUACGAGUAUAAAGAUAUUGCAACAAUAGCUAUUCCGAAAAACAAACACAGAUGGAACGACUGUGUUCGUAGAGUUGGUAACCGAGCUGGUACCGAGGUCUCUUUGGAGGAAUAA